AUGUUUCAAAAUAUAAAAACAAAUAAUAGUAAUAGUAUUUAUAUUAAUAAUAAUAAUAAUAAUAAUAAUAAUAAUAAUAAUAAUAAUAAUAAUAAUAAUAAUAAUAAUAAUAAUAAUAAUAAUAAUAUAAAAAAUAUUAUUGAAAAUUUAAUUAAAAAAUUUAAAGAACAAUCAAACCAUCCUUUCGAAAAAAGCAAUGCAUUGUUUAAUUUAACAAAGUCUUUAUUAUUGUUGGGUAAUUUAACAGAAGAAGAACUAAAAGAUUGCGAUAGUUAUAUUUUAGAACUAAAUAGUUGCGGUGUUUUUAAAGAGAAUCAAGAAGAGUUUAGAGAAAUCAAUAUUGAUUAUUUAAUUAAAACUAAACAAUAUAAUGAAUCUUUAUAUUUCUCCGACUAUUAUUAUAAAAGAAAUUGUGAAACUUUCAGUCCAUCACUGUAUAAAAGGAAAUCAUUAUUUAUUAGUAGUUUUAUUCAAUCAAUUAGAAAAACCCAAACCCCACUAAAGUUAUUGUUGGAUUUAAAUACAAAAACUAUACCAGAUUCAAAUAAAUCUGGAGAAACAUUUAAGAACUCUUUUAUUGAAAGAAGGAAAAAAAGAGGUGAAAUAACAAGGGAUUUCAAUGAAAACAAACCAGAUGAACAAAAAGAAAAAGAUAUUAAAGAAAAUGUUAUUGAACAAUUCGACACGACUAUCAAUGCAAUAAUAGAAUCUGAAGAUUUAAUAGACAUUAAUGAAAAACCGAUAUUCUUUUCAAAUAUUUUGGACCCAAUCAGCGAUACAGAAACACCAGAUCAAACCUUUGAUAUUUAUCAAAAAACAAAUAAAAUUGUAGACCCCUCAAUAUUUUUACCUUCAUUUUCAGUACCAAAAGAUAACUCAUUUUUGGAAAAUAAAAAGCAAAGUGUAAAUAGUAAAUGUUUUGAAAAUGGUUCAUUUUUUUAUAGCUUUGGUAGUAAACUCGAAGAAAAAAUCAAUAAAGAUAAAGAAGACAUAAAUUUAGAUAUUAAAAAAUCCCAAACAAUCAACUCUGUAUCUACUGUAUUAGCACCUGCUUCAUUUUCGGCUCCAAAUGGGAUCUCAUCUCUUAAACCUGGCUUCAGCCAUACUGAAAAUAAACAAUUUGGUUCUUCCAUUAUCAACAACAACCUGCCGUUUGGAAAUAGAACAAUAAAUAUAGAAUUUGGAAAAACUCAAACCAAACCAUUAAUACAAUCUUCUCUCGCUUCUGUUUUUGGUCCUCAAGCAAAAUCAACAUUUUCAUCAUCAACACCAAUAUUCGGAUCUAAAGCUAAGCAUUUUACCUUUUAUGACCUAUACAAAGCAAAUGAAGACCGAGAUAAAUUAGAAUACAAACAGAAACAAGAUGGAUACAAAAAUAAUAAAAUAAAAAACGAAGAGAUUAUAGAUAUUAGAGAAGAUACCAAAUCAAUCAAAUCACUCCCAUUCAACAUAACAACUUACAAAAUAACAUUAUUAUUAUUUGUUUUUUUAUUUGCAUUCUUUUACCAUUUCUAUUUUAAUUUUGAUGGUAAAAAAUGGUUCUAUAUUUAA